AUGAUGAAGUACAACUAUUUUCCUUUUAUUCCUCACAGAGGAUCAACUUUUCUCCCAAUCCUCCACCUUUUGCUGUUUGUAAUUAAUUUUUCUUCUGUUAUAUGUGGCUACAUAUGGCACACCUGCGAUAAUUCCUUAACACCCUCUGAUGGCAGCACCUAUUCCACAAACUUGAAUUUAGUUACCAACGAUCUAUUUCGGAAUGCAUCUCAAAGUUCAGGGUUUAACACUUCUUCCCAUGGCCAAUCUCCCAAUAAGGUCUAUGGUCUAAUCCAGUGUACGGGAAAUAUAUCGACUGUGAAAUGCUCAAACUGUGUGCUGGAAGCGAAUAGGAGUAUCCAGGAACUUUGCGCCAACAACAUAGGUGGGCGAAUAUGGUUGGGUGACUGCUUCAUGCGCUAUCACAACUCUAAUUUUAUUUCAACAAUAGAUACUACCGGACGUAUCUUGGUGAAUGUGAAUAGUAUACCCGAGGACGCUUUCAAGUCCACAAUCAGUAGCCUUUUGUCGAAUCUGUCGAACAGAGCUUACAUCCCUGAAAAUAAGGGAUUCGCUACUGGAUCAGCCAAUUAUUCUGCCUCAGGAGUGUUAUACGGUUUAGUUCAGUGUUGGAGAGAUAUAUCAGUGCAAGAUUGCAGAACUUGUUUGUUUCAAGCAAGAACAAGUAUAAACAAUAUUUCAAACCAAGGAGCCCAGGUUCAGUGGGGAAGUUGCAAGGUAAUAUAUGAGACAAGACCCUUUUUUGACUCUGCUCAGUCGCCCUCUCCCUCCCCUGAGGGAUCCAAUCCAAAUUCUCCCACACCUCCAACUGCUUCCACACCUGUCCUGCCUCCUGUAGUAGCCCCCUCACCUGAUACGGUUAAUGGAACUUCUACAACGAUAUCAAAAGAGAGGCAUGGACUUUCCUCUAAAUCUGGCGUACUUGUGCAAGAGCAACAAUUUGUGUUCAGCUUAGAAUUGUUAGCAGAAGCCACAGAAAAUUUUCAUGACAAAAAUAAACUUGGAAAUGAAGGCUACGGUGCGGUCUACAAGCGGAUAACUAGAGACGGAAAAGAGAUAGCUGUGAAAAAACUUUCUGCCAAAUCUACACAAGGAAACAAAGAAUUUAUGAAUGAAGUGAAACUAGUGGCUAAUGUUCAACACCGAAACCUUGCCAAGCUGCUAGGAUGUUGUGCCGAGGGAAAUGAAAGACUGCUUGUUUAUGAGUAUUUUCCCAACAAGAGCUUGGACACAUUUCUAUUUGCGGUUAUAUGGCUCCAGAGCUAUGUUAUUAAGAAACGAGAAAUGAGAAGGGCAAUGGCAUGGCAACGUGACGAGAAACAGAAGUUUAAAAGCCCUACGAAUAAGCGAUUCGCUACUGGAUCGGCUAAUUAUUCUGCUUCAGAAAUGUUGUAUGGUUUAGUUCAGCGUUGGAGAGAUAUAUCAAUGCAAGAUUGCAGAAUAUGCUUGGAUACAGCAAGAAAUAACGUGACCACUUGCUAUUCUUCGAAAAAAGGAGCCCAGGUUCUACUGGGAAGUUGCAAGUUAAGGUAUGAGACAUACCCUUUUUUCGACUCUACUCAGUCGCCCUCUCCCUCCCUUGAGGAAUCUACUCCAAAUGCUGCCACACCUCCAUCUGCUUCAACACCUGCCCCUCCUCCCACCAAUGGAACUUUUCCGAAGACAUAA